GCCGCCCCUUCCCUCCCUCACAGCCUCGACCUGCGCGCCCGGGGCCGCCCGCCCGCCGUGCCGCGCCUCCGGGGCGGGGCCCCCCGCCGCGCGGAAGGGGGCGGCCGGGGAGGGCGGCAGAGCUCGCCCGGCGGUGGGAGCGGCGGUGCCGGCAUGGGACGGGGCGCUGCCCCGGCGGGGACCUACCUUACCAGUGUGAGAGGGGAAUCUCACAAGCAUACUGUGGAUUUUUUGUCUGUACGUGCUACUUGAUUAUCUACCUUUUACCGACGGACCCAAAAAGAGAGAAGGAGGAUCGAACAAAAAUAAUUGUCUUGUCACUUUUGCCUAGGAACUGGCAAAUUUUAUGCCUCCUGCUGGAGAAGGUACCUGGACCACUAGAAACAGAGCAGCUAGAGUGCUGCAUCUCUGAUCAGCGAAGGGUUCUUCAUGGAAUACAAGAAUCAUGUUGCCUUAAGUUAAACUGUAGGCAAGUUGCACUGAUUGUUGUAACUGUACUGCUCAUACCACUCCAGACUUCACUAGGCCUUUCCAAGGCAGUAGUUUCUCAUGUAGUUCAAAUGUUUUUAUUAAAUCUGGUGUGGCUGUGAAAAGCGUGGGGGCGGGUGAACAUUUUCCUGUUAAGUUCAUAGUGAAUUUUGAAGCCUCACUUCCAAGCGUGAUCCGUGCUAUGGCAGCAACCUACAGGCUGAUGGUCACUUCUGUGAACUGCUACAGCAGCGUGGUGAUAGACCAGCACUUCCAGCACGCCGUGCAUUACUGCACAGGGACUUGCCAAGUGUUUAAGCAAGGGGUUACAUGCAUAGUUGCCCACCACAGUGUCUGCGCAGAGCUCAGCGUCCAAGAUGCCAACCUGGACCCGAAAAUUUCUGUUCCUGAAAAUGGACUUGCCUUGCCUGGAAAUGAGGACUAUCACCAAAUCCUCCCAAAUAAUCCAAGAAUCAAAAAGGGGUCUUCGGUGCAAGCCUCCAGCAGUUUAAAAGACAUCACUGGUGAGGCGAUAAACCUUGCCAGUGGUAAAAUAAAGGAAUUCUCCUUUGAAAAGCUCAAAAACUCUUCCAGUCAUGUGGCCUACAGAAAGGGAAGGAAAGUUCGGUCAGAAUCAUUCAGCAGACGAUCAUUUGAUUUUGACUUGAUUUAUGGGCACUUCAACAAUGAUGAGAACUGCCCUCCCUGUGGCUUUUUGCAGAGCCCCUUGCCUGUGGAGAAAUGGCAGGAGAGCAACGAUGCUCCCGAAGUCAGCACGAAUCCCAUGGUUCCCUUCUCUCCUAAUUCCUUCUCUGAAGAAAACUUCAUUACCCAGAUUUUGGAAAAACACAAGCUAGAUGGUUCUUCUGGUGGAGAUAUUAAGGUGUGUUUAGACAUCUUGCUCAAGUGCUCAGAGGACCUGAAAAAGUGCACAGACAUCAUAAAACAUUGCAUCAAAAAGAAGUCUGCAGGCAGAGUUGGUGGAGGGAAUGGCAACGAUCCCCUGGCUAAUUCAGAAAUGAUAUAUAUGAAUCUGAUGACAAGAUUUUCUUCGUACCUGAAAAAGCUUCCCUUUGAGCUCAAGCCACCAGGACACAAGGAAGCUGGUGACUUGGCAGACUUAGUGAACUGUUUUCACGGCUUGCCGCAAACUCCCUUUCCCCCCGUAUUUGGAGAUGAGCAGCCACCUAGGUAUGAAGAUAUUAUUCAGCUGCCAUCCUCAAGUGCAUCUCCUCUUGGAGCACCGGGUGAUCAGGGUGAGGUGACAAACACCCCUCAGUCCAUCCAACCAAGUACUGUGAGCUUUACCUCAAACUCCCUUCACAGCAUCCCCCAGGAGGACAGUGUGAGAGCUGUGAAAGAUGCUUGUGCUCUACCUCAGCUACCAGCUGUGAGCCCUUCUGACUGCACGCCUUCCACUGAGCCUCUCUACAUUGAGGAAGAGUCUGACGGGGAAAGAACAUUAGGGAAAAUAAAGACUGCAGAGCAGAAAGGGAGCUGGGAGAGUUUAGAGCGCAGCUACCAGCUAGCUGGUUGUUCAGAUCUAACUGCCAAAGCUAAAGCAGAAUGUACCAGAGUGGGAGAUAUUGAGCUCUCCCACACUUCUGAGAAAAUUACUCCUUUAAAACCAGUUUCAGAUUCUGCCUUGCGUUGUUCCCAAGCUGAUGGCUCCAAAGGAGGACAGAUGUGCGGUAAGGUGGACAAGGAAGAGAUAGACAAACUGCUGCUGGACUUGGAGUGCUUCUCACAGAAAAUGGAGAGUACUUUGAGGGAACCCUCGCUAAAGGAGAGUGAACCUCCCUGCUUGCCGGUGUUUGGCCGGCAGGGUAAGCAGGAACUACCUGUGGCUCUUGAACCCAAAAAUAAACCCGCUGACCCUACUUCCCCAUUGUCAAAAAUCAUGGAAACCAAUGGGCAUAAAAUGGAAGAGGAUGACAAAGCCCUUCUACUGCGUAUCCUGGAAAGCAUUGAGGACUUUGCCCAGGAACUGGUGGAAUUCCAGAGGGGCAAGGGAAGCUUGUCCAAGGAGAGGGAAGUGAUGCAGAUUCUUCAGGAAACUUUAACAACCCCUUCACAGUCCCUCCUUGCAGGACAAAAAAGCUGUGCUGGAGCUGCGUCCAGAGACUCUGUUCCAGCUUCAAUUCAGCAGGCCCCAGAAGUGAUUAAGGUUCAAAGUAAACAAGAGAAGAAACCUGGAACUUCCCCCCCAGUUGCUUUGAACUCCACGGUUAGCCCUUGCACUCCUCUGCCUGUGAAUAAAGCCACCAGCAGUAGCCCUUUGUCAAUAAACAUUCCACGUUUCUACUUCCCUAAAGGACUUCCAAGUGUCUGCACUAAUCACGAGGAAAUCAUUGCCAGGGUUGAAGCCGCCUUUACGGAGUUUGAAGAUGAGAAAGCAAACAUCUGUGAAAUGGGGAAAAUUGCGAAGAUCUGUGGCUGCCCACUCUACUGGAAAGCACCGAUGUUCAACGCAUCAGGAGGAGAGAGGACAGGAUGUGUAUCCGUACACUCAGUUGUAUCUAUGUGGAGAAAAGUCCUGCGGAACUGCCAUGAUGAUGCAUCCCGAUUCACGUACCUCUUAGCGAAGCCUGGCUGUGACUACCUGGAACAGGAGGAUUUCAUCCCGCUGCUUCAGGAUGUGGUGGAAACGCAUCCUGGCCUGACAUUCUUGAAAGAUGCUCCGGAGUUCCAUUCCCGAUAUAUCACGACGGUUAUACAGAGAAUAUUCUACACGGUCAAUCGAUCCUGGUCUGGGAAGAUCACUCUAACAGAGCUGAGGAAAAGCAACUUCUUGCAAACUCUUGCUCUCUUGGAAGAAGAGGAUGACAUAAAUCAGAUCACAGAUUAUUUCUCCUACGAGCACUUCUAUGUUAUAUACUGUAAAUUCUGGGAGCUGGACACCGACCAUGAUCUUUACAUCAGCCAGAAGGAUCUGGCUCGGUACAGUGAUCAAGCUUUAUCAAACAGGAUUAUCGAGCGAAUAUUCAGCGGUGCUGUGGUGAGAGGCAAUGAAGUUCAAAAGCAAGGUCGCAUGAGUUAUGCCGAUUUUGUGUGGCUCCUGAUUUCGGAGGAAGACAAAAGGAGCGCUACAAGCAUCGAGUACUGGUUUCGGUGCAUGGACCUGGACGGGGAUGGAGUGCUCUCCAUGUACGAACUGGAGUACUUUUACGAGGAGCAGUGCGAGCGGAUGGAAGUGAUGGGCAUAGAACCGCUGCCAUUUCAUGACUUGCUGUGCCAGAUGCUUGAUCUCGUUAAGCCAGAGAGGGAAGGAAGAGUAACCCUACGAGACCUGAAGAGGUGCAGAAUGGCUCAUGUAUUCUUCAACACCUUCUUUAAUUUAGAGAAAUAUCUGGACAAUGAACAGAGGGAUCCCUUUGCAGUGCAAAAGGACAUUGAAAAUGACGGCCCUGAGCCCUCGGACUGGGACAGAUACGCUGCUGAGGAGUACGAGAUCCUUGUGGCUGAGGAGUCUGGAAAUGAGCAGUUACAAGAAGGGAGCCUUUGAAGCGUAUCGGCUGCCUCCUGAUGCCCAGGUGGGAAGUACUGCUGCCCUGCUGAGGUUUGUAACUCUCCUCAGGACCCAAAGCUGAAAGAGAGGAAGUUCUCAGUUAUACUGGGCUUGGAGAUCCAUUCUCUUUUUCUUGAACAAAGCUGCUCUUUUAUCCGGAUCCAUACACACACACCAAGAUCCUGGAUUUGGUAUUUGGGAAACUUCUGGAUGCCCAGGUUCUUAGCGACAUCACUGUGACCUGGUUUCAGCUGGGAUAGAGUUAAUUUUCUUUCCAGUAGCAGCUGUAGUGCUGUGUUUUGAUCCCACUGCAAGGUACCAGCCAUUCCAUAAGAAAAGACGUAAGCAGGGAGCGCUAACCAAAGCAGGAUAAGCCUUUUUGAAUGGCAUGGGCACACGGGAGCGGCUCUGUUCAACACCGGGGUGUUCAAAACGCUGCUCCAUCAUCACUGAAACCCUGAGAGGAAAGGCUUUAAUGGGGAUGAUUCUACAAAGGCCUCGAUGCAGAAGAAACUAGAUUGCAGAAAUGAACACAGGAUGGACGUUGCACAACCACUGAUUGUAACCAGCUCUGUCUGCUUUUUCCCUGAAGGAAGCCAGGUGAAGCAGUUCACCUCUUUUCCAUGCUGUCUAGGUUCAGAGCGGUCUUAGCUUGAUAAAAUUUUGCAUCUCUCCAAAGAUUCCUCAAAGGAACAAGAAGAACCUGAUCCCAUUCUAGGCUGAAACCGAACCUCCGUGUUCUUCGGCGCUGCUUGCUUUUAACUCUGCAAGCAGUAGUACCGGAAUGUCCAGUUUGCCGGUUUUGUAAAGCCUCAUUCUGGAAUAACUUAGUGAUUGUCUCUUGAAGGUUUUAACCUGGGAUGGCCCUAGUGUCUCCAAAAACCAAGCUUUUCUAGUGCUGUACAGAAUAAGACAAUAAUUCAGGUUGGAAGGGCCCUGUGUAGGUCUCUAUUCCAGCUCUUCACCCAAAGGCAGGCCGGCUUCAGAGUCAGAGCAAGUUUCUCAGGAUCUCAUCCAGCUGAGUAUUGGAAAACCCCCCCAGAUGGUGAUUCUGCAGCCUCUGUCUAUUACAUCUCCUCCUCCUCAUUCCUCUGGGAGUCAAGAGCAACAUCCUUUUCCAGGAAGGAUGUAUAUUCCCAGGAACACAGCGUUGCUUUUUCCCACCAGGAUGGAGUCAGAUGAAGGACUAAUUCAGGCUUCCAUCCCACACCACUCUGCCUGAGCUGGUGCCAGUGUGCCCAGCCUGCUAAAAAUCACCUUUCCAAGGUUUGGUUCUGAUGAACUGAGACAGACGCUGGUAGCUGCUCUGCUGAGUCCUUUGGCCCCCAAAGCCAUGGCUCUCUCUUUUCCAACCAGAGGUUCACUGCUGCUGUGACAAAGCGAGUGAUUCCAAACCAAAUUUGUGCUUUCUAGUAGGUCAACACAACAAGCCAAUUGCUGAGGAAAGAAAGAAACAAACAAGAAAACUUACAGCAAAUGUUUGGAAUAUAAGGACAUGCUCCAGGAGCCACUGUUAGCAUAGUAUCAGUGCAAAACUUUCAGUAAUCGAUAUUAUUUACUGCAGGAGUAGAAAUCCAUUCUUUCUCACUAACGCAUUUGCAAAUAGCCAUAAUUCAGCAGGCACAGAUGAAGGUAUUUUGCACCCCAUUCAUGACUUAGCCCCAUCUGCAGCUUCUCUGGAUGGAAGAUUUGUAAAUCCGCAGUUUGUAAGCAAGGUAAAGUGGGGAACUUCUCUCCAGCUCUUUGGCUUUUCCUUCCAGGACACUCAGACCACAAGAAGACAAGGCUGGUUGUGAACAGGGACGCAGAACGUGCUGAGCGGCAGCACAGCUGGUGUUGGGGCUCAAGCGAGCUCCCGAGAAUGAGGCCGAAACCACGCACGAGUCCCCUUGGCUCUGACACGGCCAGCGCCGCUUUAGCUGUUACAGACCUUUGAGGACAGAUCACGCAUUUUCCAUUGUAAACCAGAAGUAUUUUAUAAGCUGGAUUCCUUUUCCUUAGGAGUAGUCGGAAAAGUGAGUAAAAUUCAGUUUUGCAUGAUUAAAAAAACCCCAUAUUUAUUUAUUCUCUCUAGUCUGCUUUUGUCUAGCAAACUGAAGUCCCAUGUCCUUACAAAAGCCUUGCUUUUUAUUUCUAUGUUCACAAAUAUUCUCGCUCUGCAGUACUAAGAUUGGAGGACACGCCUCGGUACAACCACUGCUGAAAUGGUACGAGCUGGAUUUUUUUCCUCCGUAACAAUUGCUCCGAGUUGAUGUCAGCAAAAGCCAGGCCCUGCCACAGCUUCAGCCCGUCUGCCACCGCGCGGCACUGUUGCAAAACCGGCACGGACAGCAAAACCCCAAAUUCCCGGCAGCCUCGGCUUUACAGAAACCAUUGCGGAAAACCUUCCCGCUCCCCAAACGGGGGUUUCGGACAGCGGACUCGAGCUGCUCUGCCCAAGGUACCCUGCUUAGUUUCUGAAACAAAUAUGCCUGAAAGGCCAAACAAAGAGAUCACUGAGGUGUCGCAUUAAGGAUACGCGUUUUUAGAGUACGGCGCUUCUAAAUCACAGUAUCUGAGGUCUAUGCAAUCAAAACUGAACCUCAGUAAAGAGCAUGAGCUACUCUAAGAAAAACACGUACGCAGCGCUUACCCUUUUGUUCUCAUCUUAUCACUGGGUGAUGGGUUUAGAAAUUGAAUAUUUAACAAUAAAGGUUCUUAUAGUUUGUAAAAAAGUGGAGACAUUUUGCGCUGGCAUGGUUUUCUCUUUGUAUUUUUACUUCGUAUUUUCCUUUUUUUUUUUUUUUUUGGCAAAUAAAGGACUUCUGAAGUGAAGUCAAACCUG